AUUUUUUUUUAAUUAUGAAUCCCGCCUAAACAAUUGCUUAACAAUUCCUUUAACAAUACUAUUAGACUUUAAUGACUAAUAAAAUGGGAUUAAUCUAAUUUUAUACUGAUGCUUCUCAUAUGACUUAUGGUAUUUGUUUUGGAUUUAUUAUUUUAAAGGUGGAUAAUAACAUGAUGGCUUAAAAUAAAUAAAUGAGAAAUUAGAAUCAUUGGCCUUCUAAAAAAUAGUUUAUAAAAUUGAUGAUAUGGAUGUUUAACCAGGAGCAUUGGAGAAUUCUUUAUUCAUUUUUGUCACUGGAUAAUUGUAGAUGGAUGAUGCUGAGACAUACAAAUUCUCAUAAAGUUUUUAAAUUCUUCCAAAUGGCUAAGGAGGUUUAUACGUGCAUAAUGAUAUCUUCAGAUUAGUUUAUUGAUUUAUUAAUAAUAAAAAUUAUU